AUAUAAUCAACCCAUCAGCUGGGGAAGGGUUCUGUGAUGUCAUAAAGGGGGAUCCUGAUCUUUAUAUAUGAAAGCUUCUAUGAUGUCAUUAUGAUUGCAAGAUUUUUCUCAGUAGCACUUUUCUCAGUGCAAAGUAUGGAGAGUUUCUAAAACUGGGAAUUUUCAAAAGCUUACUUUAUAUUUGUCAGAUAAUUCAGGGGGACAUGGGUGGCGCUGUGGUCUAAACCACUGAGCCUCUUGGGCUUGAAUGUGUGUGAUGGGGUGAGCUCCCACUGCUCUGUCCCAGCUUCUGCCAACCUAGAAGUUUGAAAGUAGAUAAAUAGGUAUUGCUGUGGCAGGAAGGGAAAUGGCGUUUCCAUGCACUCUGGCACUCAUCAUGGUGUUCUGUUGAACCACAUGACCCAGAAAGCUGUCUGUGGACAAACAGCAGCUCCCUCGGCCAGAAAAGCAAGAUGAGCGCCACACCCCAUAGUCACCUUUGACAGGACUUAACCAUCCAGGGGUCCUUUACCUUUUACCUUUACAUAAUAUAAUAGUACAGUUGACUUAUGAAUUCUGGAGGAUGUAUGCAAUUGCAAGGUGAAGGGAUACUACAUAGUCAUUUGGAUGAGUCUUAUUACUCCUGAAUGAGAUCCAACAUAGCAAGGUAGCUUCUCCUUCCUUUCCUCCCUUCACCUUGGGAAUCACUGCACACCCUGAAAAUCUGUUCCACAGGGCUGGGGAACACUCUAGAGCAGUGGUGGCGAACCUAUGGCACACGUGCCAGAGGGGGCACUCAGAGCCCUCUCUGUGAGCAAGCGUGUCAUCCCCCAAGCAGGGCCGUAGCUAGGAGGUAAAACUGGCACUCCAGCACUGCAGGAGACUUCUGGCCGCUUCCAGUAUGGUCCCAGCACUGCUAGGGCACCAUUUUCACCCUCGGGGCUGCCUGGGGGGGGGGGAAGGGCUUGUGCCAGGAAACUGCCACUCCGUCCAAAGCCUGCACCACCGCUACUCAAGUCACCGAUCAAGCCCAUCUGCCAUUGCAACCAAACCUGACAGCCGUCUCUGAGCUGGCUCCGCCUCCCCACCAUCAAGCUCGGUUGCGCCCAACCUGCCUUCCUGCUCUGCUCUCAGGCGCAUUUAGAGCUGUGGUAACCCUGGCAAGCGGCUGAGCAGGUGUUGACUUUUGAUGCGCCAGGGCCUCCCGCCAGUCUGUUGUUCCUAGUCAGAAGUAAGCCGCCUUGAGUUCAGCAAGGUUAGACAAAUUAUCAGCAUGCGUACAACAGCAAAAAUCACAUUAAUUGUUCAAAAGCAUGCGAAAUGCAGACCUUUACCUUUCAAAAAAAAAGUUGUUUGUAUCAUUGAAACUCUGUUAUUAUGUUUUUCAUUUAAGACAAAAGAUGUUAAUGUAUGAGUUGUUUUUUCUAAAGUAAAACCUCAGUAUUCGGGUUAAAUUGCCGAGUUGGCACUUUGCGAUAAAUAAGUGGGUUUUGGGUUGCAGUUUGGGCACCUCAGUCUCUAAAAGGUUCGCCAUCACUGCUCUAGAGCAAAUUAUAGGGGCAUUUGAGGGGCUGUAGGGGGAAGAAGAGAAACUAGAAGUCCCGUUGUACAAGCUGAUUUUUGUUACACAACAUAUUAGAAGUCAGUCAAUGCAGUAACAUAGAAGCAUUUAAAAAUAGUAUUAGACAAGGCAUCUCAUACUUCUGAUAACAAAAAAGCUUGGCCUAGAAUGAAAAUUUAUUAAAAGUUGUUCAUUUUUUCUGCACGGUUAUAGACUUAUCUCAGUUUUGUUAAGUGUUAAAUAAUUAGUGUACUGGAUUUUGAAGCAAAAUGAGAUUAUUUUAGUAAUCAAUAUUACAGAAAAUUGACUUUAUUUAAAUUCUACUCUUAUCAGUGUCUUUAAAAAUUCAAGAUUAUGCAAAUAUAAACUAAGACUCCACAGUGAAUGGUAGAGAGACCCUGGCUGAAUUCAGCUGUAAACCAAGACACAAAUGACCCUUGUGCCCUCCAUGUACUUUGCUCAUCACAAGUGAGAGUUAAUGGUUUCUGAGGAAGUUGGAAUAUGAAGCUGAAUUCAAAGCAUGGCUUCAUAUCUUGGUUUGGUUCAAAGCAAUUAACCAAAGUUUCCCAGUUCAGACUUAACAGGAAAUUAUCAUUAACAGAGCAUUUCCUUGUUUGUUCACUGGAGCACAUGGACAGAGGAGUGAAGGAUACUGGGGGACUUGCAUACUGGGGGCCAAGACUCAUUCACAUCAUGGCUUAUUGAGCUAAUUAUGAUCAUCUGAAAGUGGCCGCGCUGUGUGUGUUUCAGUGCUCUGUACAUCCUGGGGGUACUUAUAGGAAGAGAGUUGAAGGGUGUCCAGGAAUCAUAAUCUAAGGCCUCCUUUGCAUAGCUUCUCUUUGGUGUGUCUUGUCUUGGAAGUUCAUUUCCAUAGGAAGCCAGAGGUUACAAAGUAUGUAUUUAUACUGUAUAGGAGAGAUACAAUAACAUCACAACUCACAAAAGGGAAUUCAGUUCCCAUUUCAGAUUGAACUGAAGACCUAGUUGGGGUGGGGAACCUCGGGGCCACGGGCCUAAUGCCGUCCUCCAGGUCUGGCUGGCUGGCUGGCUGGCUCUUGGAACGCUCUCCAGACCACACCCCCUCCCUUGCCAACAGUCCUACUCUAGGCAGGUAAAAGGCAUUAUCACCUCCACCAAUAGCCCUAAUCCACCACUUGCCCCUUGAGUGCAUUGAACUGUGAUAAUGCAUUUUACCUGCCUGGAUGGAGAGAUAAGUACAGUGGUGCCUCGCAAGACGAAAUUAAUCCGUUCCGUGAGUCUCUUCGUCUUCUUGCGGUUUUUUCGUCUUGCAAAGCACGGCUAUUAGCGGCUUAGCAGCUAUUAGCGGCUUAGCGGCUAUUAACGGCUUAGCGGCUUUAAGAAAAAGGAAACAAACUCACAAGAACUCGCAAGACGUUUCGUCUUGCAACGCAAGCCCAUAGGGAAAUUCGUCUUGCGGAACGACUCAAAAAACGGAAAACUCUUUCGUCUAGCGAGUUUUUCGUCUUGCGAGGCAUUCGUCUUGCGGGGCACCACUGUAUGUGGAAACCUCUAGAUUUGAAAUGACUUGAAUGUAGCCUGUUUUAUAAAGGCAAAAGUCACAUAUGUUGCUUCACCCCAGUUUUGCUUCUGGCCAUGUCUCAUUGGUAUGCAGCUCACAGAAGGUUGUCUCUGAGGGCAUGUGGCCCUCCCAGUGGAAAAGGUCACCCACCCCAACUCAGAGGUAAGUCCAUAGGAGGAAGGAAGAAUAGCUGUCCUGUAGUAGAAGGGAUGCGGGUGGCGCUGUGAUCUAAACCACAGAGCCUAGGGCUUGCCGAUCAGAAGGUCGGCGGUUGGAAUCCCUGCGACGGGGUGAGCUCCCGUUGCUCAGUCCCUGCUCCUGCCCACCUAGCAGUUUGAAAGCAUGUCAAAAGUGCAAGUAGAUAAUAGGUGCCGCUCUGGCGGGAAGGUAAAUGGUGUUUCCGUGCACUGCUCUGGUUCGCCAGAAGUGGCUUAGUCGUGCUGGCCAUAUGACCUGGAAGCUGUACGCCGGCUCCCUCGGCCAAUAAAGCGAGAUGAGCACCGCAACCCCAGAGUCCUUCGCAACUGGACCUAACGGUCAGAGGUCCCUUUACCUUUACCUUUAGUGCAUCAUUAUCACCUGCCACGAAAAGACUAGAUUGGUUCUCAAAACGUGAUUGGAGUAGAUGAGGGAGCCAUAGAAGAUAGCCAGGUUAUACUUUUGAUUCUAGCAGUUGGGAGAUUAUAAAAAGGGACUGUUUUGGGCAUGAACACCAUUAAACAAAUAUAUGUUUAUCUUGAAUGCUGUUGUGUCCUCAAAUUUUCGGUUACUAAAGGGAAUGUGCUAAACUUUAACACUAUGUAAUAUUUAUUAUUUAUUCAUUCAUUUGUUCAUUCAUUCAUUCAUAUUUAUAUACUGCUUGAUUGUAGAAAACCUCAGCGUCUCACAUUAUAUGAGCACUAUGGUAAGAGACUGGCAAUUGAUAACCUAUAACUUUAUAAAAAUGUCUGGAUUUAGAUGCUGACUGGUUCUUAGUUAAUGGCCAUUGUUACCUUUGACUAUAGAUUUAGUACAGAAAUACAAACACUUACCUAGGGCUUUUAAUCUCUUUGUCUCUCUCUCUCUUUUUUUUUAGAAGCCAAGCAGAAUUUACGGAACUUGAUCCUCCAAAUCCAGACAACAAUCACUGAUCCUGAGAAAGUUCAGGGAAGGCUUAAUAAAGAAGAUAAGGUAUUGUGGAGAAUGCACAAUAUUUAAAUACAACAAUUAUGGAUCAUAAAUAUGCAUUUUUGUGUGCUGUCCACCAUGUUUUGAGAUGUUCCAGUAGCAGUGAUACCCAGGUUUUGGUUUUCAUUGUUGGAGAGAGCAUUGGAGACCUAGAGUGUUUUUGUAAUAUUUCCUUACUUACAACUUUGCAAGUAAAGCAGAGGCAAGCAACAUGUACAGUGGUACUUCGGGUUACAGAUGCUUCAGGUUACAGACUCCGCUAACCCAGAAAUAGUACCUCGGGUUAAGAACUUUGCUUCAGGAUGAGAACAGAAAUCGUGCUGCGGUGGCAGCAGGAGGCCCCAUUAGCUAAAGUGGUACCUCAGGUUAAGAACAGUUUCAGGUUAAGAACUGACCUCUGGAACGAAAUAAGUUCUUAACCUGAGGUACCACUGAACUACUACUGGGCAGCAGAUGCCAGUGCCUGAUUAGCUACAAUUGGUUGGUUAGUUUCCCAUAUGACACACUCCCUUUCCCCCCUCUGCAGAAUAUUUCUCUGAAGGCCUGUCAAGCCAAGUCAGAUUGGCUUGAAAACACAAAAGAGGCUACUAUGCAAGAUUUUGUGGAGCAGAAACAGUUGCUGGAGGACAUUAUGCUUCCCAUCUUCACAAAGUUGGCUACGCCCCGUGAGUACCAGAGCCCCCCUACUAAAUGGAAAUAUUUUUCUUUGUAUUUUUAUUUCGGAGAAUCUUUCUUAUGAAGAUGUGCCAAUGUACUACUGAGUAUCUGCCUUGGAAACCCUGCACAUUCCACACGAUGUGGAAUUAGGUUGUGUCUCCCCAUUAGUGAAAACUGUAAUACAAAUGGGAGUUCUGGCCAUCUGCAAGGUAUCUGAUUUGGCCACAAUGACACUAACAUUUGUUAUAUCCCAUUUGGAUUACUGCAAUGUGCUCUACGAGGGUCUGCCUUUGAAAAGUGCUUAGAAACUUUGACUGGCUCAAAGAGCUGCAGCCAGAUUGCUGACUGGGGCUGGUUAUAGGGGGCAGACAACUCCCUUGAUAGAACAGCUCCAUUGGCUUCCAGUCUGUUUCCGGACACAAUUCAAAGUGCUGGUUAUGACCUAUAAUUACGAAAGGGCCUUCUCAGUGAUUGCUCCUAUACUUUGGAACUUCCUCCCUAGAGAAGCUAGACUGGCUCCCUCCAUGUUGUUCUUCUGCCAGCUAGUAAAUACCUUCUUGUUCCAGCAGGCUUUUGGAAACUGCUUUUAAUGAAAGGGCUGAUGUUGUGCUGUUUCUAUUGUUAAGUAUGUGUAUGCUUUGAACAGAUUUUAUAUAGAUUUUAUAUAGGUAUAUCGUUUUAAUUUUAUAAUACAAUUGUAGAGUUGCUAGGGAUCCCAAGGGUCAUCUAGUCCAACCCCCUGCAAUGCAGGAAUCUCAACUAAAGUAUCCAUGACAGAUGGCUAUCCAAUAUCUGCUUUAAAAUCUCUUGAGGGAGACCAUUCCACUGUUGAACAGCUCUUAUUGUCAGAAAGUUUUUAUUGAUGUUUAGUUGGAAUCUCCUUUCUUGUAAGUUGAAGCCAUUGGUUUGAGUCCUAACCUCCAGAGCAGGAGACAAGCAGCUUGCUGCAUCUUUAAUGUUACAGUCCUUGAGAUAUUUGAAGAUGGCUAUCAUCUCUUCUUAGUCUUCACUUCAACUUAGUCUUCACUAAACAUACCCAGCUCCUUCAACCGUUCCUCUACGGCUUGGUUUCCAAGUCCCUUGAUCAUCUUGGUUGCCCUCCUCUAUACAUGUUCCAGCUUGUCAACAUCCUUCUUAAGAUUGUGGUGCCCAGAAUUGGACACAGUAUUCCAUGUGUGGUCUGACCAAGGCAGAACAGAGUGGUACUAUUGUUUCUCCUGAUCUGGACACUAGACUUCUGUUGAUGCAGCCUAGAAUAGCAUUAGCUUUUUUUGUUUCUGCAUCACACUGUUGGCUCGUGUUAUGCUUGUGGUCUACCAGGACCACAAUGUCUAAUUGUUUUUUAAUUAUUGUAGCAUAGUUCAUAUUGGUAAAUGCACACAUUCACCACCUGUCAGAAGUAUGCUCUUUAAUCUACUAUGGAAGACACUGUACAGUUAUAAGGAGGACCUUAAGGUCCAUAAAUACUAACACCCUAGAGGUCCCAGGCCCUAAGGAAGACAGAUUAGCCUCAACUAGAGCCAGGGCCUUUUCAACACUGGCUCUGGCCUGGUGGAACGCUCUGUCUCAUGAGACCAGGGCCCUGCAGGAUCUGAUUUCUUUCCACAGGGCCUGUAAGACAGAGUUGUUCCACCUGGCCUUUGGCUUGGAAUCAACUUGAUCCCCUCCCCUUUCCUUUUUCCUUUCUCUUUCAGUGAUGGAACUCCUAUUUGGGGACUUCCCUGGCUUUUUUCUGGCCCACGUAGGACCAGUCUGGAUAGCUGGCCUUGGUGAUGACUUGACGUUUUCAUCCCCCCAAAAGUUUUUGAUUUGAGUUCCUACUGAAAUGAGGCUGCAUUUGAUGUUUUAAUGUUGCAUUUUAAUCUUGUUUUUAAGUUGUAUUUCAAUCAAUUCUUUUUAUACCUGGUGUCAGCUGCUCUGAGCUCGGUCUUGGCUUCUUCUUCUUCUUCUUCUUCUUCUUCUUCUUCUGUGAUAAGCAUAAUAAAAUUAUGCAGCUGAGCAAUGCGAACCCUGCGUUUUGGAAUCUGCCUGCAACUUUUCUUCUUAGCAAGCCUGUAGGAUCACUUUAUUAGAAUUAAUGCCUUUCUACAAAAUACUUCCUAGUCUCAUAAAGUUUUGUUGGUUCUCUUCUCCUCUUCCACAUUCAACUUUUUCUGAUGAGAACCAGCAAAGGCCUGAGCUAGGGAAUACUUAAAAGGCUCGGCCCCAGGAGCACAUUGUUCCUGCUCAUACAACUAAUCUUCUUAUGCAGCCCUUUUCAAAUUGUAAAAAGUCAUUAAAUGCUCCAGUGCACUUUUUAAAAUCCAAGAGCUGAAGUGUUUAAAGCAGAGGUAGGCAUGAUAUAAGCCUUUCCCUUUCUGCAGCAGGUUGUUUGACCACUGUAUUACAUUCCACUGCUGUUUGCAAUAUUUAAGCAGUAGAUGCUCUUAGGAGUUGAAAGCACUCUUUGCUGGUAACCAGCAGCAUAGGGUAGAAAAGUCAGAGUGACUAAAAGCAAGACCAAAUAAUGCAUUCAAGAUGAAGUUUACAAAAAGCAGGUGCUCUAACAAUUCAUUUUUUCAAAAAGCCAUAGCGCGAACCAAGGGAAAAUGAAGAAGGGGAAAAGUUUAAACACCACUCUUCCAGCAGUGCUGCUCUGAUCAAAGAUCAGGAAAUCUUAUAAUAGAUGCGUCAUAUCACAGCUAUUUAGGCCCUAAUAGGAAAUACAGGCACUGCUAAUACUAAAUAUGGCGCUUGAACCCCCAGGGGUUCAUUAAAUUUACAGUACCAAAACAGGUAUGGAAAGUGGUCUUGGUGAUGCUGCUAGCUCCAAAAGUGUUGCAAGGCAACGUGUACCCAAAAUUUGCUGCAAAAUUUAAGAUGUUGUUUUCCAAUGGUUUUCUACCAGGGUGUCGUGGCACCCUGGGGUGCCUUGAAUGAUGGUCAGGUGUGUUGUGGACAACACUGGCCUCUGUUCCUCUUUCUUUCCAUCCCUCCCUCCCUCGAGACCCUCUCACCUCUGCCUUCCAAAGGCUUGUGUGGCUGUUUGUGGCAGCAGCCCUGGCUACAAGCUCCCCAGGUGAAUGGUGCCUCUGGGGCUUGGCCAGGGGGUGCUGGUUGCCAGGAGCUGAGUAAGCAAGCAAGCAAGUGGGUGAGAGAGGCCGGCCAGCCAGACCACCAGCCUUUGCUGUUGGAAAUGGGCAGACAAGCGAGAGGUAGGGUAGGCAGGCACCAUGAUGGCCUUUCUUCUGCUUGCUAUGUGCAUUUCCUGCCUGGCAGCUGAGAGCUCAGUGCCAAAGGGUAGACUUUGUGCCAUGCAGGACUGGUGGUGCCUGCUGCUGCCACCCAAGGUGAGUAAAGUGCCGGCCUCAUAUUCACCUUUGGCUCUUCUCCAUUGGGCUGCUAAGGCUGGGGGCAUCCUCUUCUCAGGCCCCUGUGGGGCAGUGUGAGGAGACAACUCUCUUUGGGGUGGGGAGGGCGGCUCAGAGACUAGGGCAGUGGCAGCGGCUGCCUGGAGGACUCCCAAGGAGAGGAGGCUGAGGGAACACUCCACAAAGGAGGGCAUUCAAAAAGGGGCAAGGGGUUGCUGGCUCUGCAGGCAACGGGUGACAUAACUGGGCUUCUGAGGCUCAGAGCACUUUUCCCCACAGGGGAGCUGCAGAAUGUAGUUGGUCAAGGGAGCCGUGGACUCAAAAAGGUUGAAAACCUCAGUUUCUCAUGAACAGAUGCCGGCAAAAUGAAAAAAACUGGCGGAGUAUGACUGUGGUCCAUUAUGAUGAGGGGCAUGUUUAUCAAUAUUUUAUAGAAACCUCUAGCAACCUAACCUGUGGCCCUCCAAAUGUUGAUGGAUUACAGUUCUCUUUGGCCAGGCUGACUGGGAUUGAUGGGAGUCCAGGAACAUAGUGGAGGGCCAGUUUUGCCACCCCUGCUCUACAGUCAUGUUUCCAUUCUAGCAUUGUUAUUCUAGUUAUGGCUAAACAGAUUAUUUGAGGGGGGUUCCCAGUUUAUAUUAGCUGAUCUGAAUAGAGACCUUGUAUGCUGCACAAUGUGUAUUUCAAAAAUGCAUGAUUUUAUAUAUUACAGAAUUACUGGAUAGCAGACAACACAUUUUAAUAGCUAGUUUUACUUCCUGAAUAAGAAGAACAAAAAAAAAAAAAAAAAAAAAGGUUGAAAGUCUUUUUGGUAUAGCCAUCUAUCCAAUGUAACCAAUACAGACUAGGUGGUUAAUACAAGCCUUUCCAGAUUAGGCAUUUGAUUAGUAGAAGAAAUUAAUUUGAAAUAAAGGCCCAGGAAAACUGCAACAAGCUUCAGCUGUGCAAACAAUCUAGUCACAAUCAUUUGUAGUGAAAUGUGCUCAAGAACCCUACCUCAUUUGACCCCACAGCCUGUACAGUGGUUAGCUGAACAGUUUUAUUUUGAGAUUUUCUGCACAUAGCAGCACGAGAGAUUGUUUGCCAACUUACUAAAAUUUUCAGUGACAAAGAAAUAAUCUGUUAUCCGAAAAGUGUGUUUAUACAUGGCUAAAGAACAGAAAAUUGAUUAUUCAUUUAAAAUAAACCCAUGACAACUGAUCACAUGUCUGAACAGAACAACCCCGUGAUGACUAGCUGGGAUUCAGUCACUCUGCUAAAUAUUGUGUACUUGGCAAAUCUACUUCCACACAAGACAGUUAAUGCAGCUUUUCCUACAGAGCCCCUGUGAUCAGCAUUCUGGUUUGUUCGAUCUCUUCACAGUUGCUAUUGAGGCUGAGGGGUGUAACGCAGGUAUUUCUUUCCUGAUGGAAGUUCUUUGGUGCAAACUCCUCCUGGAAAGAGCUUGUCAGCCUCUUCUUCUGGUACACUUGGAAUCACCAUGACCUGGUCCCCAGGCUCAUGAGGAAAGAAGGAGGGGAGACUUUUAGUAAGAAGUGCCAUACUUAAAGAGAGCUGCAGACCCUCUGAUCCUCCAGUUCUGUCAGUGAAGACCAGAACCUUCAGUCUGUUGAAGCUUAUUGCAUUUGUGAAAAACACACCGAUCCUCUUACAUAGAAGCUUUCACUGAAGUUGGAGUAUAUAUUCAGUUUCCCACAUGGAUAUUCCCCAAUGCAUAUGUAAGAUGCAAACAGACAAACCCUACAUACCAUAGUGGCCCGAAUAUAAGACGCACCCACAAAUAAGCAUGACCUUUAAAAUUCAAGGCUUAUUUGUGGGUGCGGCCCACCUCCUGGCUCUGCCACCCAGAACGGGGGGUGGGGGGUGGGCGCGCGCCAGUUCCGACUGUGCUGCAUGCCCACCUCCUGACACUACUGCCCCCAACACUGCCUCCCCAAACCGGCUUGGGAGUUGCAGGUGGGUGGCGCGCUGUUGUCCCACACCCCAGAUAGACUUCCUGGGCAGCUGUUCCAGCAGCAAUAUCAUAAGGUUGUGAAUAUAAGCCGCACUUUAACUUUUCUGGAUUGGGAUUUGGGGGGAAAGUGUAGCUUAUAUUCGGGCCAAUAUGGUACUACAUAUAAAUGCCUGCUGUAUAAGAUUGCACAAAUGCAGGAGCCAGUUUCAGUCAAGCAAUGAAAAUCUCUCACACACAUCAUCAGUUCAAGGCAAAGUUGGUCUUUUAAAAGGAUGUUAUUUAAGUAUCUGUGUGCCCUAAGGGAAGGCAAAAGACCAUACGCCAAUGGCCAGAGACAGUUUCAUCGUUCUUUCAUUUUUGUACUGCAUUAUAUACUGUCUUUCUGUGAAGCCACUAAAGGCAGUGUACAAUCUAAACUAUGUGAACCACCUUUAAUGCCAUGGUAGAAAGGAAGUAUAUAAAUGUAGUGAAUAAACCAAGCUGCAUUCCUAGGCACGCUUACCUAGUAAACCUGCAUAAGAUUGUGCUGUAAAUAAUGUUCAAUACCACACUUUCAUAAUGUACAAUAAAAUCUAUAUAGUCCCAGAACCCACAGUUGGAAAUUGGUCAGUUUAGUUAUCAAACUGUUCAUUUGAACAGCUUAUGCUGACACUGUAAAUCAGGAACUGUAAUUUACAGCCACGGGGAUAGUGGAAUAUGGAUCAAGAGCCAGAAGGGGAAACAGAGCAGCAAGGUUCAAAAGUCCCACUAUCUGGUCCCUAAAGACAAUGCCUUGGUGACUCAAUUGAAGCUUUCAGAGGCAUAUCUACUGAUAUUUUCAGAAACCAAAAGGGGUAAGUGGCCCUCCUUCAGCAAAUUAUUUAGGUCAAUAAUAAUGGUAUCACUGGGACUCCCGGGGUAAGUUGCUCUAGCUAACUGAAUAAAAGUAACAACAUAUUCACGCUUACUGCGCUGUUCCCUAGUUAGUUUAUCCUAAUUGAACUGGAUGCAACUUCCCCUUCCCAGAAGACAGAAGCUGAAUUUAGACUCACAUAUGUAGCAGGGUACUGCUAUCUGACAGUGUGAGGAAACUUCAGAAUUUAAUGUUAACAAAGUAUAGUUACCUUCCAAUCAACUGGGGUAGCAACCUUCUUAGCAGCUGUUAGCUGUAGGGAAUCAACCACUCUUAGAAUCUCAUCAAAGUUUCUGCCAGUGGUUGCUGGGUAGAGGAUAGAGAGUUUGAGCUUCUUGUCCGGGCCAAAGACGAAUACCUAUAAAAGCAAAGCCACAGAAUGAGAACCUGAAAAUCAUGCCAGAUGAGCUAUUCUUUUACAACUCAUCCCUCACAUUCACUCCUUUUCAAAAAUAUUUUGGAACUAUAGUUGUCUGUAGUAGAAAGGUCUACUUUACAGGAAGUGUUCUCAUCUGACUUCUGGCAUACAAUGAUCUGACUGUAAUAUUUCUGCCCUGAAUUUGUAGUCCUAAACAGGCAAAAGUGAUAAAAUUUAUUUUCUGGUAAAACUGGGAAGAUUUCAAAAGAAUUUUGAAUAUCUCUGAAGGUUAGCAGCUUCUCCCCACAAGGUAACUGAUCUAAAAGACAGGAAUAAUACUACCCUAGAAUCACCCAUCUUUUUUGGUAACUUUGGAAUUUAGAGAAAGUACUUUGGUGAGUGUGAGUCACAAAAUGACUGUCAAUUCUAAAAAAGCAGAAAAUAGUGUGGCUAUGACCCCACCAACAUUUUUUUCCAGAUGGGAACAUUGGGGAUUCAAUCAUUCUCCAGUGUUCCAAAUCCAAUCAGUUUUGCUGUCCCAAAAUAUCGUCUAUCCCUGGUUUCCAGCUGUUGGUGUGAGAAAGUGUGAAUUAAUGAGAAUGAAUAUGAGUGUGUAUGUGCAUGGGCAUGUGUUUGAAUAACAGCCCAAGGCACUGCCACAUCAACUGGCUUCUGGCCCCCAAGGAGAGAGGGCUGUUGCAUUCAGGUCUCGCUUCCAGCCUUCCUGCAGGCUCUGGUUGGCCACUGCAAGAACAGGAUCCUGGACUAGAUGGGUCACUAGCCUGAUCCUAAGCACCCACCCAUCACCACACGUGGCCCUUGGAGGCUAAAAGUUUGUUCAUCCCAUAAAACAAAGAAUGAAAAGCUAAUUGCAGCCUGCAGUGUUAGAGGCCCUCAAUACUUACCACACGGGCAGUCAGAGGAAUACCAUCCUUGUCUCUCUCAUCUGGGUCUAGCAUGCCCAGCUGGACUGCAAGCUCCCGUUUUGAGUCAGCAAUUAUGGGAAAGGGGAGCUGCUCUUUGGCCUCGUCUCCAUUGUAGGCAUUGAUGUCCUACAGGGGAGAAAAUUGUUAGUGUUGUGUCACUGGUACAAAAGAACAUAGGAAAGACGACAAGUGGUAUUCACAUGACUCGUAUUCCUGGUAUACAGCGGUAUCUUUAAAAAGCAAUCCAGGAAGAGGGGUUCAAGGCUUCUUGCCAACAAACUAGUCUUCUGUGUUUAGACAGCAUUUUCUUUACAGAGAAAUCCACAUUCAAACCUAUGCACAUCUGUUUGGUUCCAUUCAGUUUAAUUGCACUUUUUGCCAGGUUUUAAGCCUGUAUAGGAUUGAAGCCUCAGUCAAGUGAAGCUGUCCCUGAAAUCUGAAGUGGUCUACAGCCCAAGCCCAGGCUUACCAUCUCAGUGAGAACUAGGCCUUACAUGUAAGUUCCAUGGAAUUAUAUGACACGUUCAGCCUAACCCUACACAUGGUAACUUAGAAAUUAGGUAUGUCACUCAAGCAAAGCACAUGUUGUCCGCCUGUUUGAGGACAGGGCUAAAAUAUUUCAUUGUUGAUGCAGGUGUGCAAGACUCCGUCAACAAAAAAAUGGGGACUCCUUUAGGUAAGUGACAUUGUAAACUACAACUAGAGUCACAGAUAAUCAUGAUUACCAAUCUCAUUCAGCCCAACAGUAAGUACUUGACAGCAAGUUGCUAAUGAUCAAUCUGUUUGUAAGAAGUAUUCUAGAGGGCUUUGGCGAUAGCAGCAUGUUUACCACUACAGAAACUGUAGUGGUGCAGAAACUGUUAAAACUUUUUUUUCAGAUAUUAUACAAGUAAGAUUCUAUAAGCCUCCUCUCAAGUGCAGGCUGACUCACAGGCUGCAUGGGACAAAGGCAACAAGCUGAGUGCAGUUGCACUAAGGAACUAGCCAUAAAGCAAGUCACACAUAAAGAGUGGAGGGAACUGGCAGAGAAGGCAGUAGCAAAGUUAUGACAAAGAAAUUAUUGGCAAAGAUAUGACAAAGAAGUGACUAAGCAGUUUAAACAUCAUCAUCAACAGGAGGCCUAAAAGUGUAACAUACUAUAUAUUAUUUAGAAUAAUCUAAUACUGCUUUCCCCCAUUUGCCUGAACCUUAUGCAUAAAGCUUAAGGUGGAAGAUUUAAGACACACACCAAAAGAAGAACCUUUGAUUUGAGUAACUCCUUUGAGGUGUCCUGCAAGUUCCCAGGACACAUUAGUGAUCUGCAAGUGAACUUAAGUGAUAUGUUCUAGACUAGAGAAUCUUGCAGUCAAUCUAGAGUCAGUCUUGAAGUCAGCAUGGAGUGCAAAUGAAAUCAAAGGCUUCAUUUCCAAGUGUUAACUUUUCUUUGAAACUUAAUUCUACGCAAAACUAAUAUAUAUGCAUUUUUUCCUCAGCAGAACAUUAAAAAGUUUUUCAGUCAACACAGAUGGCAUCUUGAUGUUCAACUGAAGUCUCAACACAAAUGCUACUAUUCACCUAGCUACAAUAUCUUCUGAAGACAGGCAACCUUUGUUCAUAAAAUGUGACAUAACUUUUAUUUUUCUCCUUAUAUCCUAUUAUUCAACCACCAGAUGUCCAUACUCUCUAGAGAAACAUUGCUUUUUGUUUUAAUAGGACCAACUAGUCACAAAUAAGCUUUCAAAUACUUCCUCACUACUUUGGCUUUUAAGUUGAACCUAAUAAAGGAGUCAUGAUACUGCUAUGAUUUCUUUUUAACAGACCAGAAUUAGUUUUCACCUUUGACAACUAGUGAAAUGGCACACUUCCAUUUUAAAUAUAACUGCAAUAUUCAAUUUGUUAUUACUACCCUGGAUCCAAAACAAAAUAGAACAGUUCCAUAUAUUUCUAAUAAAAUAUAUUCUCAAGUUUAUAC